AUUUCGGGCACCGAGCUGCGCGACCUUGUCUUUGACAAAUGGGGGCGAAACUACGAUGUUAGACUUCAAUGUCGAGUCCUGCCUGCUUCCCCGUCCGUGCAGGUGAUGUGGCGGUACCUUGAGCAGCAAAGCUUCCCUCUCACCGAACAGGAGUAUCAGCUGCAGCUGGAUGCCGUUGCAGAGUACUUGAACCUUUGG